AUGACGACGGCGGACAAGGGCGGGCACCUCCGAACACUGCGUCGCCUCAAGCAGCAGCGACGCCGCGCCCGCGACCUUGACGAGCAAAAGGAUCUCGAGCAGCAGCUUUAUGUCCUACAGCAUUUUCUGGCCAAGUACAAGGCUCACGCUGACACGACCUUGCCAUGGAAGCAAAUGGCGUCGGCUCUUAACGACGCUGUCGACGACGCGACGAGCAUCAACAUGAUGCUCCGACAACAAGUCGACCGACUUGUUAAGCUGGGGCACGGUUUAGCCUUCUGGGAAGCGAGCGAGCCGUUCACAUGGCAGCAAGUCUGGCUCCCGAUCGAUCCGAUUGCGCGAUGCACAAAUUUGGACUGGUUCACCCAGCGCUUCUUCCACAACACGGAUUGGAUGCUUGCGCGCACGUUCUUUCCGUCGUCGUCUUUGCGCGUCAUGGACCACGUCGAGAUUGAUCACGGUAACGACUUGCUUGACAUUGGCGACCGCAUGCAGAUUGAUAUUGCGCUGCCGCUGGAUGACACCCAUAUUCCCGUCACGGUUCUCGACCCCGCGUUGGUCGCCAGCAUCGACCCAAAUAUGCGCUUUCAGCGUGUCGACGUCCCCGGCGAAGUCAGCUACUUUGUCAUGCGCGAGUUUGCGACCCCCAACCGCUUUGUAUUUGUUAUUGACAACGUCUGUCAAUUGAACGACGAUCCAAGCGUGUGGUGUCCACGCCUGUCGUGGUAUACGCUGGACCGCGUCCGCCCCAACACGAUACGCCUCCGUGCCCUGAUCUACAACGGCCCGUACGUCAAGGAGCGUUCGCGCAAGACGUGGCGCGAUGCACUUUCGAGCUUUGACGCUCACGCUGACGCGAUCACGGAAGCGGCCAAAUGGGCCGCCUUCCAGCAGUUUCUUGACCACGGGGCUCACAUUGCCCUUGACCACGACAGACGCAUGAUGGGACUGCACUUGUUCCCAACCAUGUAA